GGGAAUAGUGUAUCGGAUUAUUUAUAUGACGUUUGAUAACGAAACUUUAAUGCCUAAUAUUAACUCGUGAGGGAUAUGAUAUGAUUGUGUUUAUGUGAUAGUGCAAGACGGGUCGUUAAUAACUAUUACGGCUUGAGUGUGUUUAUGCGAUGAUUGAAGUCUAUAAUUCUGUAGAUUACGUGUGAGGAAUAUUGGAUAACAAUAUUUAUGUGAUAGUUGACAAUUAUCAUCUAAUAUCUAUAAAUAUUGUGUAUGGAAUAUAGGAUGAUAGAAUUUGUAAGAAAUAUGUGAUAGUUAAUGAUUAUCAUUGAAUUACUAGUUUUUGAGGAAUAUAUUAUAAGAAUAGUCAUGGGAUUGUUGAAGAUUAUCCCUGAGGAAACUAUAUAAAUUACAGUAACUGGAGGAUAUCAUUUAAUAUCAAUGUAAUAAUACACUUAUCCUAACCAAAAUAUAAAACAUUUCAAUUAGAAGUAGCCCAUCCCCCUCUCCCCGGGGUAAUUAGUAGUAACCCCGCCAACACCUCACCCUCGGUGUAAUUAGAAGUAACCCCCACCCAUCCCUCACCACUGGUUUAAUUGUAAAAACAUAAAUGAUGGUCGUCAUAUUAUUCUUGUUGUUGGGAUUGUCUUUCACUGUAGCAGAUCGAUCGAUAGAUAUUAGAAAUAUACCAAUAUAUGACAUGGAUGUAGAUGGUGGAAGAGUUAAGCGAGAUGUGGAAUCAAUGCUAGUUAAUCUGGUUUUUGAAGUGGAGACAGAGUCAGAUAGGGGUGUAUUACGUUUAACACAAAUAGACAGAUUACCUACAUUUUCUAUUUCUAAUGGUGUGACAGACGAAAUAUUUGGAACCACAAGGAAUCGAGCAGUUUACACAGAUUUGAGUAGAAAAGCGUCAAUAAUGGUGGAGAGACGUUUUGAUUUAGAAGACAAUAUUAUUUAUAAAUUGUCAGGUAAUUUUGAGUUAGAAGAAAGAAUGGUUUAUAUUAAACCUGUAGAAGAAGAUGGCGGAGAUUCUGGUCAGACGGUUCAACAUGUGAUACAUUAUGAGGAGUUGAUGAUCGAUCAUGGUGGAGAUUAUAAUGACAGAAAAAGAAAAAAGAGAUCCACCACAUUUAGAAAAUAUAUCAUAGAAGUUUGCUUUAUCAGUGAUACAAAAGAUUUUGAAUAUUAUUUAGAAAGGAAUAACAAUGAUAGUAAUCAAGCUAUAGACGAGAUGUCGGUUUAUUAUGCUCUAGUCAAUGAACAGCUACGAUUAAGAUAUCACAGUGUGUAUGAUACUAAUGGUAGUAUUGAUAUAUUGAUAAAAGCAACAGGUUUAUUUCUACUCCAGGAUCGUCUGAAUUCAAAUUUUACUGUUGGAUUGGCUAAAGCUAAUGAUACUCAAGUCGAGAGUCCUGAUGGCCUGGGUGCUUGUAGGGAUUGGUUAACGGACAUACCAUCCAACAUUACACUACCAACUAGCGACCAUUACAUGUUCUUUACUGGAUAUGAUCUGGUUCGAGGCAAUCAAACAUCUUUUGCCGGUCUUGCUGGAUUAAGAGUUAUGUGUACACCUAAUUCAGUAUCUAUCAAUGAAAACAGCCGAAAUGGUAUAGUGGGUUCUAUUAUAGCACACGAGCUAGGGCAUGCGAUUGGGUCUAAACAUGACCGACAGAUUGGUUGCAGUGAUGAAGAUGGUUACAUCAUGACCACCUCCAUUCCCGUCGCUCAAAACACAGAGGAAGCUUUACGUUUAUGGCAGUUCUCUAAUUGUUCAGUUGCCAUCUUUAAAGAAGCACUAGACGAAGCUGACUGUGUAUAUAAUGACCCUAAAUAG